UGAAUCAACUGAAGACAUUAUCCGACAGCUCGGUGUAAAUACAGUAGUAACGUCCACUAUUCACGGGAGACGCGUUUUACAACUUUGAACCGAUUAGCUGCUUAGUUGUGGAUGUCAGUUCAAGUAACGUUGUCGUUGGUGCAGAUGGCAAACUGAGUGAACACUGUUGCUUCGAGUUUUAGCAUAAGUAAGGUUGACGUUAGCUAUAACGUUAGGUACAUAGCAGGCAAAAGCUAGGUCAGUGUUUACGGUUGCGGCGAGUAGCCCGUUGGUUUAGUCUGUCACGUUAUCGACAAAACGCCAGGUGGUCAGGUACUUGGUAAAGAUGGGUGACAUAAACCCAUCGACAUCCCACGUCUUUCAGUCGGAGGGUUUCAGUCCGCCAUACAGGAGGAGGAGGACAGUGGAGGAUUUUAACAAGUUUUGCACUUUCGUCUUGGCCUAUGCCGGUUACAUCCCAUAUCCACAAGAGGACUCUCCUCUGCGCAGUAGUUCCAGUCCCCCUAACAGUACAGGCAGCACAGCUGACAGUGAUGGCUGGACCCCCAGGCCACCAACCUCCUGCCCCCAGCGCCCUCCCAAGGUCCCCCAGGACAGGAGCAGGAAACGUCCACAGCCAGGAGCCUCAUUGUCUAGUCACACCAAGAAAGACCACACAUUCACCACCCUGCACCCAGAUGACCGCAGGAAAGCUGACAAGCUGAAGAAGAAGAAAAGGAGGAAGGAGAGGGAGCAUUUGGCUGGUGAGGAAAGUGGGGUCCAGCAGGCCCACUCAGCAGUCCCAGAGCUGCAGUACCCCAUCUCCUUUGGUGGCCGAACGAUCAAAGAAGAGCCUGAAGAUGAUAUCAGCAUUCCCCUCCGCCCCCAGCGUCUGCCUAGCCCAGCUCCCUGCAAAGAGGAGCCCAAGGAGGAGCGUCGAAACUGGGAUGGUCAAGACCUUGAAGAAGGGGUGGUAAAGGUACAGAAGGUGGAGGGCAUUCCAGGGAACAGAACGGUGUUCCGCCAGGGGAAACAGGUGGUGUUCAGAGACGAAGAUGGAUCAGGAGAGGAUGAGGACAUCAUGGUAGACUCAGAUGACGACUCGUGGGACCUGGUAACGUGUUUCUGCAUGAAGCCCUUUGCAGGUCGCGCCAUGAUCGAGUGUAACAAGUGUAACACCUGGAUCCACCUGUCAUGUGCUAAGAUACGCAAGAGCCACGUACCAGAGACGUACGUGUGCCAGAGCUGCCGAGAGUCACACGGAACCCCAGAUGCCCGACGCUCCCACCGCUCGCGCGUAGGCCCACGUAAGCAUCUGCUAGACUGACCCCAGGCCAAACACUGAACUCUGCCCCCUUCCAUCCCCACCCCCCCCCCCCCCCCUCACCUGCUGGAUUGACCCUUCCUCGAAUUCAGGUCUUGCACCCUUCAGUCUCUGUCCUUCAUGGCCAGCCAUGAACCCACAUUUUCUAUAAACACUUGGUGGACCUAUCCCAAGCCCUUAUCCCAUUAGAGAACAGUUUGAGUGCUAUUUUAGAUUUACUAAGGUUUGUUCCUGCUUCCCUACAGACUCUGUGCGUAAGGCAAUCACUGAAUGGAUGUCGGUCUGUAGAUGACGUUAGCAUAGCAGCAAACCUCUACUGUUGGGACUUGGUGUCUCGUGAACACUGGAAACAUUUGAACUGCCAUAUAGAGAGAGAGAGAGUACCCUCACAACUGCCACCCACUAUGGUGCAUGCUGGGAUUUGUGGGAAAGACAGUUUGCACUUUUCUCACUUUUUUAAAAAUAAUCCAUAUGACCUUUCUGUCACAGGGAGGAGUACGUCUUUCUGAUGAAACUGGAUUUUGAUUUCUCUUAGAUGCCUCUAUUAAUGUUACACAAUUAACCGUUAAAAAUGAGAAAACAAGUUAAGCCUUGUGUUAAUUGCUUCAGAUGGUGCUAUAGUAUUAAGCUGAGGUAUAAUCCAAUAGAACAAAGAUGUAGGAUAAGAGACUAGAGUCUGCAUCUGCUUCAUCUGUUUGUUGUUCUGCUUUGUUAUUUAAGACGUGAAAGAAUAUCAUUAAGGCUUGAUGCCUGUACGUACAAGUGAUCCGAGCGUUUGUUCUUCUCCCUUCUACUUCACAAACUGUCUUCCAGCCUCUGAUACACCUCUAAAUCAAAAAGUCACUCGGCCACACAUGACGUUUUCACACAAUUUGCUUUACAAAGAUGUUAAAACAGUGUUCUUGUUUCACCAGAAUUCUGGUCCUGACGAGUUUUUUUUUCUCAUAAUAAAUAAGUUGUUAGUUCACAGAUUUAAAAAAAGCCAGAUAUCUGAUGACAGUUUUCAGUAAAGGUGUUUUCUGUUGUCUCUGUUCAGAGUUUUUGCUGAAUUUUAAGGUGGGAUUUGACAGUGGUAUUGUUUAUAAAUACUUUUAUUUUCCAAACUGUUAUUACAGUCACCUUUGUUUUCAACUGUUUCAUGCUCAUGACAGUUUUCAGAGACAAAUAUAUCUACAGAAGGGAUUUCCCUAGGACCGUCCUGUUUAAGUAUCAACAGAAAAAAAAGCUAUUGUAACUGGAAUAGUGUUGUUAGAAAGAUUCUCUCAAGAGUCCAGUUGAAAUUAUGCAUGAAUGUGUGUUUGUUUGAAUGGUUGACACUGUGUGAGGAUGUUGGCAUUGCAUGUGCUGCUACAGCCCAACUAAGCUUCUUGGUUUUUGGUCUUUUGUGAGAUGGAGAAAUUGAUAUCUGCGAAAAACCAUGGGCAGGGUCAGUUUGUUUUGUUUGUCUCUGAAGGGUCAGAUCAGAAGAAGAGAUCUCUGUCUCUUAUCACCUCUCACUAAUGUUUUCACAGCAGUAUUCAGUUACUUCCAUAUGCAGCGAGGUUAAGGGAAAACAUGUUUAUUCAGGGCACUUUUCCCCUAAAAACUUGCUGGAAAUUGGAUUUUAAGCUUCGUUAUUCAUGUGCCAUCUGCUGUUGUUUCCGAUUAUAUAAAAGCCAUACUGUAGUGAUUUUCGACUCAGAAACUUUUAUAUUAGUCCAGGAUUGGAUUUUACAAUGCAGAAUCAAUGACUUGACUGGGGAGCAAGUAACACACACAAUGAAUGUUUGGUAUGUAAAGAACACAAGAAUUUAGACAAGAGUUUAAAGUGGUUAGGCUCAUCUCUGCACUCUUGUCUUCUGCUAUUUACAAUUGCUGGUUAACUGGUUUGUACCCAGCAAUCACCAGAUCUUAAAAAACAUCAGGUUGUGAUGCUUUUAAGACAUUUCAAGACCUAAAAUCACUUGCUGUGCUCAGGACGUUCAUGUCUUGAAGAGAACCUGAAGAGACAUCUUCAGGCACAAAUUUAUAAACCUUAGUCUGCAUCUUGAAGACAUCAUUGUAAUUAAUGUUAACAAUGCUCAUUGUGAUACAGCUCGUUUAUUCUGAUCUUGGGUUGUCCUUUCCCCUUAUUGAGAAAGCGUUGUCUGUACUGUGGUGCAAACUGUUUCUGUGAAACUAUUGUAAACUAUUGUAAAUAAAGAGUUACCAUUUUAA